CUUACAAAGAAGUUUACAGGGGAAAAAGGUGGUCCCACAAAAAAAAGUUUUAUGAAGCAAACUACCGAGCACUUCAAUCUGCUGUUUUGCCACCGCCUUUACCCGCGAAAUAAAGCCAUAAACUUGUUUCAAUUUACUCCGAAUGUUAUCAGAGACAGACGAUUGAGUAGUAUGCUAUGUUUAUUAUCAACUGGAUUCAACUUUGAAAAAUCCGAACCAAAAAAAUGGAGAGAACAGCUGAGUCCUGUUGUGGAGUCUUGCUGUCGUGUGUAGCUAGCUAGCUAACUUGGAUAUAGCUACGAAUUUCCCAAUUUUCAUCAGUCCACUUCUGUGUGGAGAAGCUAUUUUCUGAGUGGCCUGCCACACUGAUUGCCAUUGAUAAAGUUGGUUCAGUGGGCCACUGCAGAAUUUUGUCAAGAGCAUUGGCUGUCUGCUGUGUCUUGAUGCUCUUCAGUGCCUGGUUGUUACAUGGGCGAUGAAGAUGUCCUGCUGGUCAGGAUUGUGAUGUGAUGGGGUGCAGGACGAGCAAGGUCCUCCCUGAGCCACCUGGAGAUGUCCAGCUAGACUUGGUCAAAAAGGUGGCGCCUCCUAAGACCGACAUUUACAAACAUUUCAUCCGAGACGACGGCAGUGGGAGUAAAAUGGGAGGGGAGAAAACAGGCUCUCUCUCUCCACAAGCCCAGGCAGCUUUCCCAGCUACCCGGGCAUCCCCGGGUACAGGCCAACCAGAUGCCUCAGACCCAUGCAGAAACAAGGUAGCCAAGUACAGAGCCAAGUUUGACCCACGGGUCACAGCCAAAUAUGACAUUAAGGCCCUGAUAGGUCGCGGUAGCUUCAGCCGGGUGGUGCGAGUGGAGCACAAGAGCACGCGUCAGCCCUAUGCUAUCAAGAUGAUCGAGACGCGCUAUAGAGAGGGACGUGAGGUAUGCGAGUCAGAGCUGUGUGUCCUGCGUCGUGUACGCCACACUAACAUCAUCCAGCUGAUGGAGGUGUUUGAGACAGCUGAGAGAGUGUACAUGGUGAUGGAGCUGGCUACAGGAGGAGAGCUUUUUGACCGUAUCAUCGCCCGUGGCUCUUUCACAGAGCGUGAUGCUACACGUGUCCUACAGAUGGUACUGGACGGGGUCAAGUAUCUACAUACACUUGGCAUCACCCACCGUGACCUCAAGCCUGAGAACCUGCUCUACUAUCACCCUGGGGCGGACUCAAAAAUUAUGAUCACUGACUUUGGGCUGGCCAGCACUCGUAAAAAGGGGGAUGAGUGCUUGAUGAAGACCACUUGUGGGACACCAGAGUACAUUGCCCCAGAGAUCCUGGUACGGAAGCCAUACACUAAUGCUGUAGACAUGUGGGCUCUGGGUGUCAUUUCCUACAUUCUGCUGAGUGGAACCAUGCCCUUUGAGGAUGACAACCGCAUGCGACUCUACCGCCAGAUCCUCAAAGGGAAGUACAGCUUCUCUGGGGAGCCAUGGCCCAGUGUGUCCAACCUGGCGAAGGACUUCAUUGACCGUGUGCUGACAGUGGACCCCAGCGAGAGGUUGACUGCAGGCCAGGCUCUGAAGCACCCCUGGGUCGUCAGCUUGGCUGCUUCAUCCUCCAUGAAGAACCUGCAGCGCUCUAUCUCCCAGAACCUCCUGAAGAGGGCCUCGUCACGCUGCCACAGCACCAAGUCUGCCCAGUCCACACGCUCCAGCCGCUCCACCAAGUCCAACAAGGCUCGCCGUGCUCGGGAGAAAGAGCUGCGUGAGCUCAACCGCCGCUACCAACAACAAUACAAUGGCUGAGUAAUAGUUACAUGGGCUGUAAUUUUGACAAACUCGUAAUGUUGCAGGUCUCAUUGAGACCACAAGCAGGGACUUAUCAGCAGCGGCCUAGAACAGCACUUCAGCUCAGCAAUAACUUCAACAUCCAUCCUAGGCCAUUGUGCCACUGAGGCCGUAAACAAAACAUCCUCAGAUUUCACUAUUUUUCCUAGAUUCCUAUUUCCUCAAGUUUCUUUCCUGUCCUUGUGUGUCUCCUCAUAUUUAUUUAUUGUUGUCAUGAUUAUAUUGUUUCCGUAGAAAUGGUCACUUGAAGCUGUCCAUCUAAACGGAUCUGUUGAACAGAAUUCAAGGUAAUGAAGGUUUAGGAAGGGAUGUUGAAAUGCUUUUCCAACACUGAUUCCUGAUUAUUUGCUGUGAAUUUAUUAUGUUACAAGAACAGUGAGUUACUUGUUUUGGUGGAGAUCUAUAUCUGAUUAUAUCUUGAUUUGGACAAAAAAUACGAUGAUACUUUGUGCUAAAACACAAGUAUGUCAAUGAAGGCCAAAAUAAACAUUGAUUUAUUUAAUUUUGGUUUAGAAGUCGUAUAUCCAAUCUUCUUGUAUCCCGACCAGUUGCUUUCAUGAUUUGCAAAUUAAGUCUCUUCCUUGCCAGGAUUCAGUUUUUACAACCUGUCCAUUCAUGAUUUUUUUUCCCCAAUUCGUUCUGGGAAUCUUUUUUAACUGUGAGCUUGAAAGUCUGAGGGAGGUUGACUGGAAACUAAAUAAGGACGGAUGAUCCAGCGCUUUUGCAUCUGUCGUUGUGAGGAUUGAUUAGGCUGAAACAUUGUCCUGUCUCUGCACUCUCCUGCUCCUGCUUUCUGAGAUGGACAGCAUUGUUGUAAUGAAGUAUACACGUCAAGUGAUGUGUAAUUUAACAAACUGAUGGAGAAUAGAUCAAAUAAAUGUCUAACUGAUGGAGAAUAGUCCAAUGGUUGAAAGCUCAGUAUUCAUUUAAUUUGUUGUAUCAAAUAUUUCUUUCCAAUUUGUUCUGAGUAAUGCAGACAUCUCAUGUUUUACUGUAUUUUUUAUUUUUUAUAAAUAUUUUUAUUGAACAAACUAUGUAGUUUGAUAACAACUAAAUGUGUGCUGUGGUAGAUGCUUUGCCAGUCGUAAAGCCCACAGACGGCUGUUGGGAGGAGAGACCAAUUCAAAUCUGGCCUUUCUGCACUAUUGUCAAGUCUUAAUCAAGAAAAAUGACCAUAAAAUUAUAGGAUUGAAAAUAAAUCUUAUAACUAUUGAUUUGGUCUUUUAAAUGGAACUCUUCAAUGUUUCAGAGAUUUUAUUAUUUUGGGUGUACCUUGUUAUAGCCUGUGAAUGCACUUAUUUAAGUGGUGGUUCAAGGGACUGAUCUCAUUUAACCCACAGUACCAUUUUGAGGGGUCAUCCAAUAGUGUUUUGAGGGGAUUAAACAAAAUACUUAUACCUCUGUUUUUUGUUGACAGGCUUAAUUGUAGGUUUUGUAUAUUAAUUACACAUGCUCUUGUUAGUUAGCUCCUUUUGUAGUUAUCUUUUUGUUCUCCCCAACCAAGACACCCAUAUUAAGCGAUCGGUUUGAUUUUGUCAUAUAGACUAUGUACUUUUGAGCAAUUACCGGUGAGAAGCGCUGGUAUUUUAAAGUUAAUUUUUUAAAGAUACUGGAAAUCCAACAGAGCCGUAUCAGCUUACCUCAAUCUCUCAUUUGGUAAUUCUAUAAUGUUACAUUAUUCUCCAUCUUCACUCAAUCUGUCCUACUGCUGUUAUUGUUUUUUUUUAUUAUUGUUGCACAGUAAUGUGCAGUGGUGUCUUCCCCCCACAUACUUGGCCAACUGCACCCUACCCCUCCCGCCUUUUGUUCUCUGAACAGCCUCAAGUUGUCAUGGCAUGGACUCUAAAAGGUGUUGAAAGCAUUCCACAGGGAUGCUGGCCCAUGGUGACUCCAAUGCUUCCCACAGUUGUGUCAAGUUGGGUGGAUGUACUUUGGGUGGUGGACCAUUCUUGAUACACAAGGGAAACUG